AUGGCCAAAGAUUUGCCAAAAACAAUGAAGGCUGUGGGCUUGUAUAAAUAUUUACCAAUAACUGAUCCAAGUAGCCUAUUGGAUUUGGAAGUGAGCUUACCAAAACUACAGAAAAAUGAAGUCUUAGUAGAAGUAAAAGCUAUAGCAGUUAAUCCCAUUGAUACGAAACAACGGGCACCAAAGCCAAAUAUAGAAAGAUCACCCAGAAUUCUAGGAUGGGAUGGUGCUGGGAUUGUUGUAGAUAAAGGUGAAAAUGCAAAAAUAUUUGAAGUUGAUGAUCAAGUUUUCUUCACUGGUGACUUAAGGAAAAAUGGCUGUAAUGCACAAUAUGUUGCCCUUGAUGAGACAUUAGUGGGUCCAAAACCAAAGAAUUUGUCAUUUGAACAAGCUGCAGCUAUGCCUUUGACUUCUGUUACAGCUUAUGAAUCUUUAUAUGAGCGCUUGCAGUUAUCCAGAAAUGAUUCUGGUAAAUCAUUAUUAAUAAUUAAUAGUGCUGGUGGGGUGGGUUCCGUGGCUUCACAGUUAGCAAAAAACCUGGGUUUGACAGUUAUUGGUACUGCUUCAAGGAAAGAAACUAUAGAUUUUUCCCGUGAGCAUGGAGCAAGUAUAAUUCUUAAUCAUUCUGAAGAUCUAAUACCACAACUUGAAGCUAAUGGCUAUGGAAAUGGUGUAGAUUAUAUAUUAGUAAAUUAUGAUCCAUACCCCUAUUGGGAUAUCUUAAUGAAGGCAAUUAAACCUCAAGGAAAAAUUUGCUUAAUAGUAGAUAGUAGCGGGUUGGUUGAUUUAAGGCCAUUAAAGGACAAGAGUAUCACUUUAGUCUCUGAGUCAAUGACUACCAAAAUCAAAUAUGAUACUGAGGAUAAAUACAAACAUCAUGAAAUGUUAAAAGAAGUCUCAAAAUUGCUGGAAAAUGGUCAACUGAAAUGUACUUUAAAGAAAGUUCUUACACCGAUAAAUGCUGUUAACCUGAGAGAAACACAUAAACUUAUAGAAAAUAAACACACAAUUGGAAAAGUGGUUUUGGCAGGUUUU